AUGGCAGGAAAUCGCGGUUCCACUCGGGGAAGACCAAGCAAUGCAGAAGAAGACCUUAUCACCACUGUCGGAGGACUAGCGACGUUCGUGCAGAACAUGAGCCAGGAAUGGCGAAACUAUCAACAACAAAAUCAGAAUCAACCCCCGCCAUUCGACUAUGCGGAGGAAAUUGCCAGGCGGAGAUUGAAGGAUUUCCGUAAUUUCCAGCCACCUAUUUUUGAAGGUGGAGAUGAUCCAGAGACUGCAGCUCGGUGGCUGCAGAUGAUUGAGCAUGUAUUUGAGCGCAUGAGAUGUCUCGAGGCUCAGAAAACUGAAUACGCAUCGUAUCAGCUGAUCGGAGAAGCCCUUACUUGGUGGACUAGUGCAAGAGCCCUGCUGCGAGCGCAGAAUGUGGAAUUGACAUGGGUCGUGUUCAGACGAGUUUUCCUGGACAAGUAUUUUCCUCAGGCUAUGAGAAGGAUGAAACACUCCGAGAUGUUGGCACUGCGUCAGGACAACAUGACGGUUACCGAAUAUAUCUCUAAGUUCGGGCAACUAAUGGAGUACGCCAACUUCGACCGCAACAUUUAUGAUGAGCCAUGGCAGGUGGAAAAAUAUGAGAGCGGGUUACAUCCGGAGAUCCGCAAGCUCAUGUUGACCACUGCAAACCGGUCAUUGCCUGAAGUAAUUAACCAGAGUAGGCAGGCGGAAGCAAUCAUCAAUGAGGCCCAGAACCUGAAUAAGCAACCAACCCAGUCUCAGGGAGGAAGCAAAGUUGGCCGAUUCUUCAAGAAGAUUACCGGAAUGGGUAAAGGCAAGAAUCCUCAGAUGCAAGCUCGAGCCAGAAUUUUCAAGAAGAACAAUGCUCCUGGUCAGACAUCUACUGGAAGACAGAAUUAUGCUUGCCCUACUUGCGGGAAGAAUCACACUGGAGUUUGUCGUCGAGCAAGUAACUUGUGCUAUGCUUGUGGACAGUCAGGACAUUUUGUUUCCGAUUGCCCGCAGAAUCCUAACAGGAAUUCUACUCAAGCUCGGGUAUUCACCCUAGAUGCCAAUGAAGCUCAGAAAUAUCUGAACCUGAUCAAAGGUAACGUGAUUUUAAAUGGUUAUCCUAUGUCUGUUAUUUUUGAUUCGGGUGCAUCGGGCUCUUUUAUGGCAAAACACACCGCUCUAAGAAUAGGCAUUACCCUGGCUCCAUUGCCCUACGAGUUGAACAUCAGUACUCCUACUGGAGGGCAUUGUACAGCCUCAGAGAUCUGCCGAGGUGUUAUUCUACAAUUUGAAGGAAACACGUACACCGUGAGUUUGGUGGUCCUACCGGUAUUCAACUUCGAUGUGAUUAUCGGAAUGGACUGGUUGUCGGAAAAUGGAAUGACGCUGGAUUGUCAGGCAGGGAAGGUCAUUGUUCCUCCGAGAGAUGGUAAUUCUCUUUCUUUCUCUACUAUUUCAUUAUUACAAGUUAGGAAAGAGCUCAUUCGAGGAGCUGCCGGAUAUUUGCUGUUAAUGGAGUCCGAGACUUCAGUUGGCAAAUCAAUUCGGGAUGUACCUGUUGUCAAUGAAUUCGAGGAGGUGUUUCUGGAUGAAAUUCCUCGAUUACCCCCUCAUAGGGAAAUUGAAUUCCCCAUUGAACUUAUUCCCGGAGUUGGACCUAUAUCCAUUGCUCCGUAUCGUAUGGCACCUUUGGAACUUAGAGAAUUAAAGAAGCAAAUAGAAGAGCUGCUGGAAAAGGAGUUCAUUUGA